AUGGAACAACUAAAAGUACGGCUCGGGCGACUCGACCUAGAGGUGCUUGACAGCAUCGUGACGGCUACUGUGGUUGAUCCCGAUGCGGUGCGUCGCUUUGCCGACGACAUCUCGCCCCCGGCAGAACCAGUAAAUGACUAUAUCACGGAGGUGGACACACGCCGCGACCUCUUUGAAAAAUAUCGAGCGAUUUGCCAUAGCCAGGAGGACCAGCCAAACGCGGUGGUAUUCGCCUUAUUCAUGGUCGCGCCCGUCACAGAAAUUCGCACUUUUCUGGACGACCUUGGUAACCCAACUUCUGUCGCGACCCUUGACGAACCAGAGACGCCAGUCCCUCCAGUCUCUGAAACAAGAUAUGGGUUUGAAAAGAGUGUAAAUAAAAGGGACGGAGGUGUUUGCGUAUUUUCUGGAAUGCCAGAUCCCCAGGCAGCGCAUAUUGUCCCGUUUGCACUGAGCAGCAACCAGGCGUUCUUCAGCCUUGACAACAUGCUCACGACAUUUUGGGGUCCCAACCAGGCAAGGACUUGGCGUCGGACGUAUGAGUGUAUAGAAAUGGCCCAGUCUCCCGUGAACGGCAUUUCGAUGAACCACCAGAUACACUUCUGGUUCAACACUGCAAGGGUCGCUCUCAAGCCUCUUCGGCUAGACGAAGAAGGAAUUACUGUGCAGUGGCACUGGCUAAAGAAAAGUGGCGACGACCCCGAUACCUUUGCACCCCGGAAGAGCGGUGUAAGAAUACAAACGGGCCAGACGUUCCUUUUCCCACGGAGUAGUGCUAUGCCCAGCUGGGACCAGCUGGAGCUCCAAUGGGACCUCCACCGAGUGGCAGCUCUUUGUGGAGCGGCCGAUGUGCCCGAGGACUACUACGACUAUGAAGAUCCAUACGAUCGUGAGUAUUGCGAAGUCGUGGCUGCCAGGGAACGCGCUGUCUGGGCUAAAUACGAAAGCCGCAAGAAGGGCAAGGAAUUUGGGGGGAGGGGCAUCUUGGCCACUGGUUUCAGUAGCAUCCGGGAGAAGUGGGGGGGGGGGUGUGUUGUGAGAUAG